AUGUCUCUCGGAACGCAGGGCGCCAUUCCGGAGGGGGCGCAGGACAACAACCCCGACGUGGAAGCACAAUGGGCGGUGCAAGCAGGGAAGCACAUGGAGACGUACUGGAACAUCCUUGAGAAGGUGAAGGGUUCCAACCUCCGCCUCACCAAGAUCGACGACGACAUCUACGCCCACUUCAAGAAGGAAUUUCCCGAAAUUAACGUGGGCGGAAAGCUCGACCAGGACGCCAUGAAGAGCAAGGAGGGCAAGGAGCGAUGGCGCAAGUUCAUUGGUGAAUACGAGAAUAAGAUCGACGACUACAACUUCGGGACCAUGCUGCGGGACUCCCCAAAGGCUGAAUACGGCCCCGAUACAACCAUCAUGUCGGUGCGCAUGCAGUUCUACGCGGUUGAGAUUGCCAGAAACCGUGAGGGCCACAACGACUGGAUCUACGAGAAGGCGCACGGCAACUGA